AUGCCGGCGGCUCCCGCGGUAGUUCCCUUGGAGGAGAUGGAGACGAAGACAGAAUUGAUGCUUGAAGAUUUUAUAACUGGUGAAGAUGAAGAAUUGUGGGAGGUUGAAGAAGAAAGCUGGGAGAAGAGGGAUGAGGAUGAAGAUGGUGCCUUAUGGUUCUGGUUCGACACAAUAACAGGUUUUUUCCGACAUUUUGACCAUCAACACUCACAAGAACCUGUUUUUUUUCCAGGUUCAACCCGAGUCUUCUUUGAAGCUGCUACAGAGGAAUUCAAGUCUUGUAACAUAUCUCCUGAUAUUCAAUUCAUGUCCCGGCUGACAACUUUACAAGCGACUUGCGUAUAA